AUGCAAGAACAUAAAUCUUUCUUGAUAAGAGAUCUCCUUGGGGAUGUAUUGGGUGAACGUGUUCAAGAUGACUCGGAAGAUGAUUCUGCACUUCAUUCGGAUUCUGAGGAUACGAUAGACCCUGGGCACAGCCCCUGUACUCGAUUGGAGAGCCCCCCGCCCGUGCUUUCUCCUUCAUCGGGCUCUGCCCAGAAUUGUGGACCUUCCGGCAAUGUCACUAGCGGUCGAAAGCCUCGACGAAGACGCACUGCAUUCACUCAUGCACAAUUGGCAUAUUUAGAACGUAAAUUCAGGUGUCAGAAGUACCUUAGUGUCGCCGACCGUAGUGACGUGGCUGAUGCAUUGUCGUUGUCUGAAACCCAAGUGAAAACUUGGUACCAGAAUAGAAGGGUAAAACUGAGGAAAGAGAGGCAGAGCAAAGUUUUCGCGUCUGCGACAUACCCAUAUUGGUUUCUGUCCUUUUGCAAAAGUCAUUGUAAUAGAAUAACAAUAACAAGAAUAACAAUGCUGGCAUCUAAAAAUUAA